AUGCCGUUGCUACUACAGGAUCUCCCUGCAGAGGUGCUCAUCGCUAUCUUUGGACACUUGGAUGAGGCCGAUUUGGCUACGUUGCAGACACUGUCUCGCAGGUUUCGUGCUUUGAUCCGGGAUGAGGAGCUGUGGAAGACUCUGUUCCGCGCGCGACUGCACACCAUCCACUUCCCGUCGUUCUCCCUAUCGCACAAGUUCAGUACAGAGUUCGUACACAGACGCCAGGGGAUCCACUUGUGGAAACACAACAGAGCAGUCAAGACCAAGUACGUCAUACAACCGACGAGGGGCAUCCAGUUGGACCCGCCGUCGAUAGAGCGGGUCGUGUUCGACUACCCGCGGUGCGCUUGUUACAACGACGGGAUCAUCACUCUGGUACAACUGCACGCUAGAAGACAGAGGCAGAGACUCACGUACAUACCGUGCACGACUCCUCAAGGUUGCUCCACCAUGGACUUCAACAUAAACGCAGCAGUGUUCGGCAGGUUCGACGGCAGGGUUUAUGGGAAAUCUCUCACUAACAAGUCGUACUUAACACCAGUCGCGGAAUUCAACGCAGGCCACGCAACGUCUGUUACAGCUAUCGCAAUGGCCGCGGGUGGGGAAGAUUGCGUCUCAGCGUCGGAAAACGGAGAAAUAAUCUGGUGGAACGACACAAAACUUGUCAAGAGAUUGCAGAUUUCACAAACAGCUAUAUUCAAAGUGGCUAUGAACAGGGAAAUCACUGUUGCAGUGGACGCGAAAACUGUCCACGUCCUGCACGAGAUGGACGACGUACACUCGUUCCCUUUGCCCUACGGGGCGGCCGUCCAGUUCUUGAAAAUGGACUUCGGCGCAAGAGUCAUGGUCCUCGCCACUACAACGAGCAUCUCCAUUGUCUCAUUUAACAAAAAUAAUGACUUCAGGAACGUGAAGACAAUGGACUUGGCAGAACAGAAUCUGACCAUCUCCGAUAUAUUUAUCGAUAAUCAAACAACAUUAAGGGACCAAGACACCCAGCUGGCAGGCGGGGACGGUUGUUACAUCGCAGUCCUCUUCACGGAUAACCAAGUGGGCAUCAUCAACAUCAGACAGCCGGGGUCACAGUUGAAGUUCGACACAUUGCUACAGUUUGAGGGGAAAGUGUUCACGUGCGCCAUCACAAACCUCGUCCUGGUCUGCGCACUGGACGGUAUACUGCACAUUAUAGACCCAAGCAACGGGGAACUCAUCAAGACUGUACAGAAAACUGAAAAAAUGCCCCAAUUCUUGAAGUUAUCACAAGGUAGAAUGAUUGUGGGUUCAGGGAACACCAUCCAUUACCUUCAGUAUGUGAACGAUGACUCGCUGCCGGCAAAGAAACACAGUCACGGCAAGAGCAGAAGUAAUAAAUGGAACGAGACGCUACACUCGGAGUUGGAGAUGUUCGAAGAACAUGAAAAAUUGAGUGAACAACGGGCCAGGGAGAACUCCAGACUCCAGGAUCUCUACGGUGGAGACUUCGAUGAGAACGACGAGGAAGAUAUUCAGCUGAAAAUUGCCUUAUUAGAGUCUCAACAGGCUGUGUUGGAGUCACGCAUGAACAACCAGGAGGGGCAUUCUGAGACGGCAAUGAAUUCGGAUGACGAAUUACAACGUGCUAUCAGAGAAUCGGAACUACUGCAUAACAAUGCCGGCCAGCCUGUGGCACUAGAUGAGGACGAGGAGCUUGCAAGAAUCUUGGAACAGUCGAGACUAGAUUCUACUGAAAAUGAUGGCUGGGCCCGUGAACAAGUGCGGGGGAAUCUCGCAACGGAGCAACACCUCCAACAGCAUGAUGAAGAACUCGAACUUGCCAUUGCGCUGUCCCUGAGUGAGGCCAAUUCGUAA